UGGUAUUUUUUAAAAAUUGUAUUGUUUUUUUCUGUGCCAUGGGCACACCAAUCGCGAUGCUGUUUUCCCGGUGUUUACCUUUUGGAAUCCAAGCAAUACAAACCUGUAAAAUGGCUUUUUACGCCGUGGCAAGCGGCCGGAAAGCUGGAGUAUACGAGACGUGGGCGCAGUGCGAGGAGCAGGUCAAAGGAUUCCAGAACGCCAAGUACAAGAAGUUCAAAACUCGACAGGAGGCGGAACUGUUUGUAAAUCCGAACAGUUCGUACGCACCCAAGGAAUUGUCCGUUCCUCUUGGUGUAAAGCAGUCGCAGCCAGCGAGUUGGCGGACCAAGGUAGAAAAACCUAAGUACACCGAAGCCUGGCCUGAGGAAGAUCAUGAUCUGGCGGAAGAUGAGCUGAAUGCAGCUAUGAAUGAGGUAGAAGGAGAUCCACGACCAUCCAGCAGUGACACCCUGGUAGAAGCAACCAACAGAAAACGGCGGGCCAAUGCGGACCAGGAUCGGAAAAACAAAGUUCCUAAACAUGCAUCUAAGAUUUCAGAAGCCGCAGGUAUCAAACACGUGGGCGCCUUUCAGUUCGAAAUAGACGCAGAGGGCUAUGUCAUUGUAUAUACUGAUGGAUCUUGCAUUAACAAUGGUCGUCCAGGAGCUUCUGCAGGAUAUGGCGUUUAUUUUGGACCCAAUCACAGACUAAAUGCCGCUAAGCCGGUCCAAGGACGUGUCACAAAUAAUGUGGGUGAAAUACAGGCGGCCAUUCAUGCCAUCAAAACAGCUUUGGAUUUGGGAAUCGAAAAACUGGCCAUCAGUACGGAUUCUCAGUUUCUCAUCAAUUCUAUUACUAUGUGGGUGGCGGAUUGGAAAAGGCGCGGCUGGAAGCUGGCGAACAAUCAGCCAGUAAAAAACGUUGUGGACUUCAAGGAACUGGACGCACUGCUUCAAAAUAAAAGUCUUAAAGUAAAGUGGAACUAUGUAGAAGCCCAUAAGGGAAUCCAAGGCAACGAAAUGGCUGACAAACUGGCACGUGAAGGAUCUGCCUUGUACAAACAACAAAAGUCUUGAUAAGAAGUAUUUU